CGCCGAGCUUCUGCGACGUGCCCGCCCUGCCGGACGGCGAGGCUGCGAGGCGCGCGCUGCUGCGCGGCGCGAGCGAGCUCGUGUGCGAGGUGCGCGGGAGAGAUGCUCUACAUUCCGUGCGGUAGACACUUCCUAGACACUUCCUGACAGGUGCGCGCGGGGGAGAUGCUCUACCUGCCGUGCGGCUGGUUCCACGAGGUCACCUCGUAUGGCGAGCACGCCGCGCUCAACUACUGGCUCCACCCGCCCGACGGCGCCGAGUUUGAACGGCCGUACUCCGCUGCCGCGUACUGGGAGGCGGAGUGGCGCCGGCUGUCACGCUCCGUGUAGGCCUCGGCGCUCGGGUGCUGCGCGGAUGUGCUCACCUGUACUACAUGACAUGUACUGGGUAGAGAGCUGAAGAGCCGUCGCUUUCUUCUGGCGACAC